AUGUCGCGGGCGGCCCUCACGCUGCCGCCCCAGCUGUCGCCGGCGGCGGCGGAGAGCACGCUGCGGCGCGUGUCGCGAUUCCUGGCGCUCGCGCUGCCGCUGUGCCGCGCCCACACGGUGGAGUUCUACACGCGCGGGCUGUGGGACCGGAUGGUAGAGCCGCGCCCAGGCGCCGUGCUCGAGGCGCUGCGGCGCCCCCUGGCGGAGGCUUCCGGCGCCGCGGAGGCGCGGUGGGAUGAUGACACAUUUUCCAAUGUGUUUUGUGAAAACUCAGAGAAGCUUAUCAAUGUACAUUUGUUUGCCCUCUCUGCUAAGUAUUGUUCCUUCUCCAGCCUUGGAGUGUGUACCCCAUUAGAAGACAUACUUGAAGCACUGAGAGGAGACAGUCAAGGAACAACAGGUAUCAAAACUGAUGAGUUUAUGAAUAAUAAGAAAUCACAUGAAGUGCAGGUGAUGUCAGAGCUGGUAGUCAACAUAGCAAAUUAUUGUGAUAUAAAGCAGGUGAUUGAUAUAGGUUCUGGAAAAGGCUACCUGAGCUCAUUUUUGUCCAUGCAAUAUAACCUAAAAGUUUAUGGAAUUGACUCCUCAAACGUCAACACUAACGGUGCUCAUGAGAGGAACAGAAAAUUGAAGAAACACUGGACAGCAUAUCAGAGUCGAGGGAAAGCAAACCUCAAAAGCCAGAGGUUAGAAAAGGCAAAUGACAGGCCAGUGGAAAGUGAAAUUAAAUGUAAAGCAAUCAAUGAAGAGCCCUUAAAUAAUGACAGCAGUCUUCAAAGUCAGGACCAAAUGGCUAUCCAAGAUUUAGUUCCUUCCUGUGGUUUCACAGGAAUAGCUACAUGUGAAAUGAGCAAACAAACUGAAGCUGAUUUGGUGGCUUGGACACAAUCUGAUGAGAACAAACUUUCUGAAGAGGUUCUUGCUAUUCUAAACAUUCUGCCUGCUGAUGCUGUAGAAGUUUCUUCAUCUCAGUGUAACUGUAGGGAACUCUGUGAAGAGGACAAGGCGCAAAGAAAAAUGGCAUCUCUCAAGGCGAAAGUGAGCAAGUCAAGUGAAUCAAACUUGUAUUUUCCAUUGACUUCUUGCAUCACUGCAGAAACAGAACUCAGUGACAUCAUCACAGAUCUGGAGGACUGUAUGAUGGUGGGUCUACAUACAUGUGGUGAUCUUGCUGCAAAUACACUACGAAUUUUCACUGCCAAGCCUGAAAUCAAAGCAGUUUGCAGUGUAGGUUGCUGCUACCAUCUGUUGUCAGAACAGUUUGAAAACCAAGAAGAAUGCUCCAAUGAAGUGUGGGGAUUUCCCAUGUGUCAGUACUUGAAGGACAAAGGCUGGUGCUGUGGUCGCAAUGCUAGAAUGUCAGCAUGCUUGGCUUUGGAGCGAGUUGCAGUUGGCCAAAUGCUGCCUACAGAAUCAUUGUUUUAUCGAGCUGUUCUUCAGGUUAUUAUAGAAGAAAAUUAUGGUGUUACUAAAAGUGAUCGACAUGUUGGAAAAACUUUCUCUAAAUCAUCUUCCUUCGUAGAUUAUGUCAGAAAGUCUCUGAAAAAGCUGAAGCUUGAUGAUUCAAAGCUCCCAGACAGAUGUAUAAUGGAUUACUAUGAAAAAUACAAGCACAGAAUGAAUGAGCUCGAAGCUUUUAAUAUGUUGAAGGUUGUUCUGGCUCCCUGCAUAGAAGUUUUGAUACUUCUGGAUCGUCUUUGCUACCUCAAGGAGCAGGAAAACAUUGCCUGGUCUGGACUUGUGAAGUUAUUUGAUCCCGUGAAAUCCCCCAGAUGCUGUGCAGUUAUUGCUCUGAAGAAACAGUCAUGUUUUUAAGUGGAAGCAAAGUGCAGACAGUUUGAAAUCUCUGAACUGAUACUGCUCUUUCCUCAUUUUAUUCUGUUAUUUUUAGCUGAUUCGUCAAGAAAACUGCUUUUCAGCUGCAAAAGGAAAAAGUGCAAUGCCUCUUUGAAUCAUGAGAAAUAAAUAUCUCCUUUAAAAAUACCUUUCCUUCCUUAUGUCCAUUAUUAAAAUGUUGCACAUCUAGCUUUAUUAUAAAAUUUA